AUGGCGACGCAUCUGCUCCGUGAGGAUGGCAAGGGCGACUUGACGGAUCGGAUGGUGAUUGAGACUGCCAUUCGCACCUGCAUGCGCCAGAGCGCCCGUCAUCCUCCCGGCUUUAACCCGGACCAUGACCCCAAAUGGCGGAGCGCGUACAAGGUCACGACCUGCUGUCACAGGCCUGCCUUCCUGUACCUCAAGGCUGGGCUCGUAGAUACAGAGUUUUUCCCACAGGCUAUUCCCAAACCCGUGGAUGAAUCGUCACAGGACCGCCUGAAUGAUGCCCUUUUCUUCUUCUUCCUUGUCACGUGCCGGCGCACCGACGAGGCCAUCGACCUGUUCCGGCGUUUGCCCAAAUAUGACCGCGUCGGCAUAAGCGCAGAACUGUGCUGCCCGCGCACUGGACUCCCGGCCCUGCAUUUGGCUGCCAUCACCGACCAGGCGCCGCUCAUUCCCAUGUUCCUGGCCCAUGGCGCUACAGUCGAUGGAUUGGCGUCGGGCCAGACGGCCUUGGACAUUUGCGCCAAGCACCUUGCCCUCGAUGCCAUGGUAGAGUUGCUCAAGCACAUGAACACAUGCGAGGAUGGGGCCCUACUGGGGAUCAUGCGCGCAUUACUUAUAUUGUGCCAGCGUUCCCAACGCGGGUGGACGGAAAAAACGGUUCGGGGCAUCCAGAAAGUUGUGCCCAUGAUGCUCAAAAACAACGAUUUUUUGCGAAAGCCCCUAUAUAUCAGCUUGGUUGAAGCUUGCAGCGUUGCCAACCACACGAUGGUGCACACGCUUUUGAAUUGCACCGAUCAAUUCCUCAUGGGUAGCUACGCUGACGCCUUGGGCGCCUACCUUGAAAGCUUGCAAGUGGAAUACCACUAUUUUAAUAUGAGCCGACGCCAAAACGAGCCGCCGCUGGACCCCAGUGUGCACAUUGCCAAUCUCUACCGCAUGUUCAUGCUAAAUCAGAAUUUCGUAUUUCCCAGCGUGCGAGUGCUCGAGCCCUCAGUAUUGAAAAUGGCCAACAUGGUGUACUUGCGCUGCGUGAUGGAAAGGCUGUACUUCACCAACACAUACGUGAAAAGCAGCGCCCUGCAAAAUGUGCACGAAAACUUGGAGAUUAUCGACCUACAGAGGCGCAGCGAGAAAGCUCAGGCAGCUGCAUCCGCCAGUUUGGCGCGCGAGCAAGAGCGCGUCUUGCAUCGGCACCAAGCCCGCAUCUUAGCUGAUACGGCCGAGGAUGCCCCAGCUCAGGCCAGCAAAUCCAAAAAGAAGAAGAAGAAGAAGAAGGCAGCAACUCAUGACUGA